AUGUAUGGUUCUAUUGAUUGGAGAUUCAGUUGCUCUUUCUUAACUCUUAUUCCAAAGAAGGAAGACUCUUGUACACCUAAAGACUUUAGACCUCUUAGUCUAAUUAGUAGUGCGUAUAAGAUUAUCUCUAAGCUUCUUGCUGAGAUGUUAAAGAAGGUAAUUCCAGAGUUGAUUUCUGACUUUCAAGGUGCUUUCAUCCAUGAUAAGCAAAUUCUGGAUGGUGUUCUCAUUUCUAAUGAGUGUGUGGAUAGUAGAUUGAAGUCUAAAAAGCCUAUUUAUUGGAUUAGAUGGUGUGUUACUUCUUCUCAUAUUUCCAUUCUGGUAAAUGGUAGUUCAAUUGAGAAGUUUAAGCCUUCUAAGAGUUUGAGACAGGGUGACUCUUUAUCACCAUAUUUGUUCUUGCUGGUUGUGGAAAUUCUCUCCAAAUUGAUUAAUGAUGUUGUGGCUAGAGGUAUUCUUUCUGGAUUUCAGGUUGCUGAUAAGGGUAGUUUGAUUUCUCAUUUGAAGUUUGCAGAUGACACUUUGAUUUUCAUUGAUGCUAAUGUUGUUGAAGUUAGAAGGCUAUUCAUUAUUUUUUCCGUAUUCGAAACUCUUGCUGGCUUAAAGGUGAAUAUGGAGAAAAGCACUAUGAUUAGUAUUGGUGCUGAAGAUGUUAUUGUGAGCAUUGAGAAGAAGAUGAUACAACUUAUGAGGAAUUUUGUAUGGGGUGCAGUGGAAGGCCGUAAGAAACUUAUGUGGGUUGGAUGGAAGAAGAUUUGUAUGCCAAAGACAUACAGUGGACUGGGGAUUAAAAGUUUAAGAAAAACUAACCAAGCUUUAUUGAUUAAGUGGAUUUGGAGGUAUUCUCAAAAGAAAAAUUGUUUAUGGAGGAAGAUUAUGUGCCAGAAGUUCAAGAAAAAUGAAGAGGUGUUAAUGCCUGAUGUGGAUAAUAACUCUCAAUGCAGGAGCCUGUGGAAGAAUUUGGUGAAUAUGGUUCCAAUUAUCCAACGUUUCUCAACUUUCACAGUUAGGAACGGUAAAGGCAUUAGGUUUUAUAAGGAUAAGUGGUUGGACAGGGGUUGUCUGCAUGAGAUUUCCCCGGUGAUUUUCAAAGUUGUUAAAGAGAAGGAUGCGACUAUGCGGAGAUGCUGGGUGAAAAUGGUUGGACUUGCUCUUUUAACAGGCCUUUAA